CCUCACCCUUUGCGUACCACCCCCGCGGCAGUGCGCCCCGUCCAGGUGUUGCUACGUCCACGGUAAAUGCAGACAUGAGGAACAGGGGAGAUCCAAAACAAUCUACGCCGAAUCUUCGAGAGCGACAGUACUUAAUGAACAAUAUAAUCCGAAUAUAAUGUCUACGUAUCGUCUGAUUUCGUGGGAAUAUGCAGAGCACAUGUAUGUAUAUGCAAAAUGCAUAAAUAUGUUGAUAUGCGCACAAAUUCAUGUGGGAAAGGCAUCAGCGAUUCCUAGUGUACAUACAUGUGCACGCUCGUGUGCAUCGUUAGAUUGGAUCUACCGAAUAUACCAAAUUUGCACCGCCAAACCCUCGGAUCGGAUGGCGUAGCCUUUAAAUUUAAUGCUCUGAGAUAAUUAUAGAAGAAUCAUUCUCGAUGAAUACCCGAAAUACCGAGGGUGCAAAUUCCCACGGUCAAUUGGGACAAGGUUUGUUAUCCGAGCAAUUCGUUCUACCUCAAGAAGUUGAUCUAUCCGGAUGUACCCUGAGGCCAGAAGCCAUAAGGAAGAUUGCCGGUGGUGCCGGGCAUACGUUGAUCCUGGAUGCAAACGGCCGUGUUUAUUCCUGUGGAUUGAACAACAAGGGACAAGCUGGAGGCACCGACGCCGAGCGGAGAAACGUUUUAACGUUGCAAAAGAUAUCUGCCCUCGAGCACGAAGUGGUGACUGAUGUCUGCUGUGGAUGGGACAGUUCCGCGGCGUUGACGAGAAACGGCGAGCUGUAUGUAUGGGGUUCCAAUCGCUACAAGCAACUGGGUCUGGAUCCUGAUGUUUCUCCCUCGAUGCCGCAUCCCCAGAAAAUUUCCAUCGGCGAAAGAAUAAAGAACGUUUCGAUGGGUCUACGACACACCGCCAUAGUGACGGAAAACUGCCAGCUCUAUGUUUGUGGCUCGAAUAACAGGGGGCAAUUAGGUUUAAUUAAUCCAGAAACUAUGGAGCCUUACAGUCUUCUUGGUAGAUUCACCAGAGUUGCAGACUGGACGAUGCAGGGAAACGUGGAGAAUGUUGCCUGCGGUCAGUACCAUACUGUCGUCGUAACGAAACGGCGUAUGUACAAUGCGUACGUCUUUGGUGACAACAAGCACGGACAGUUGGGAUUUUUUCCUAAGACAUCGUCUGAAACACGAAUAUUGCAACCCAUGUGCGUUCCACUCUCUGGCGUACAACACGAUGCACCGAUUCAAAUUCAUACAGGCUGGAGUCAUGUAAAUCUUUUGAGCAACGGUAUUGUUUUCUCGUGGGGAAGAAAUGAUUACGGCCAAUUGGGCCGUUCUGCAUCGAAAUUACAAAAUGGAAUUUCUACAGAAGAGAAACUUGAAUGUAUUGAUAUCCCGAACAUCGUUCAACUUUCAAUUGGAUCAGAGCAUAAUGUUGCCUUAACCGAUAAUGGAGCAGUGUUGUGCUGGGGCUGGAACGAGCAUGGAAAUUGUGGUAACGGAAAGACUGAGAACGUUCUGCGGCCGGAGUCUCUUCCGAUUUCAUCUAAUUCCAUUGCUGUUCUCGUUGGUGCUGGCGCAGGACAUUCAUUCGCUGUGAUAAAAGGCACUAGCUAGCUAGCUAACUUGUUAAUUACAAAUUUGUUAUUUAUUAAAUUGUAAUCGUGUACCAAUGAAGUAUUUUUAUGAAUAUAAAUGACGUUGCCUGUCAAUUUCUUAUUGCAGUACUAUAGGACAAAGGUAGAACCAGGUAAAAUCAAUAAUACAGAAUUAAAUUUCGUGUUUGCGUCCCAGACUUUUCGUGAAUUAAACGCAAUAAUUUAAUUGUAAGUUUUAUUUCUCUAAUAUUAGAAGAUUAUGUACAGAUGCACAAAAGUUACAGCGCUAUGCUCAAUCUAAAUUUGUGAAGAAAAUAUAAAAUGAUUGUAUUACAGCCGCGGGGCAGAGCGUAAGGACGCUUGCAACAAAUAAAUCGAAUCAAACCUGA